AUCAGAAUUCGAGGAUGAAGGGGCAGAUUCAAGGGUUUUCUGCUAGAAUUUGGGGAAAAAAUGGAGAAGGGUAUCCAAGGGACCAUAAAUCUGAGAAGAAAUGGAGAAGAAGAAGAAGAAACUGUGGAUUUGAGCGGUAAGGUGCACCUGCUCCCCUGCUGCAUCAAGUACAAUGGCCCUUGUGACGUUUCGGACUACUUCAAACCCAAACCCACUGGAAUGGAGUCCGAGAGCUUAAAGACGCAGGAGGCUUGUUUCCGAGGAAGGAAGUUGCUGGGAGCAUCCGUUCCCAUCCCAGAUGGGUAUUCUGGAUUUGUCCUUGGGAAGAAGAGUCUUGACAAGAGAAAAGCUUCAAAUAUAUCUGAAGGGAAUUCAAACUGUUGGGAGAUAAAUGCCAAAUAUAAAAACAUUACAUAUUGGAAUCAUGACAGCCUUCCUUCGCAGGAUGAUGCAUUCUUGCGUUCUUUUCAUUGGCUUGCUGUAGCAAAAACUAUGCAUGAACCAGUAGCAGCAGAAGAUUUGGUUUCUGCAUCCGCUGUUCUGGAAAAGUUGAACUGAUUAAGACAUCCCACAGGACUAUGACACAGAAUCGAGCGUUGAAUAUAUAAUGAAUCGGAGUAUUUGCCGGUGAAAAGAGAAAAGGUGAUGGUAAGAACGAAGAACCAUUCUUGAAUAACCCUGGUGCUGGUUGUCAAUGGAUGUCAACUUCUUGUUAAAGCAGCGGCCACCAUUGAACUAAACCAUUGAAGUGUCAAAGCUCAACAAGAUAAGCUCAAUGACGGUAUGAAUCUUAUCCAGCUGGAACUUGGUUUCUGUAUACACCAGAGAUUGGACUUGGAUUCGAAACAAACUUAGGUAAUCUGGAUUCGUGGUUUAGAACAACUUAGGUAAUCUGGAUUCGUGGUUUAGAACAUUGUGAGUCAAGUGGGAUUGCGGAACGUGUGUGAUACG